GUCGACGGAAAACGACGAUGCAUUCGACCAAGCCAGCACUGCUCCUGCUCGCCCUGGCCAUCAGUGCCACUUGUGUGGUGGCCUCGACGCCGCCUCCAGUGAUCCGGGGUGAUCUCUUCGAGACCCUGAACAGGACCAGCCAGAGUAUCAUCAGUGGCGUAGUGAAUGCCACCAGGAAUGGAACGGCCAUCAUAGUGGACUUCCUGAACACCCUCCAGAACUCCACCAAUCAGUACACACACGAAACGGUGGCGUUUGCCCAGAAAAUCGCCGAUGCCGUUCACAAGGCAGCCAGCGAGGGCAUAGCCGAAUUUGGCUAUACCCUGCAGUCCGCGAUCGAAGGGCUGCAUAGCCAAAUAGACAGGGUGAGGAACGUCCUGCAGCGAAAUGCACUCAAGGAUGCCUUAGCUAAAUUGCAGGAAAUCAAUGCAGCCGCCAAUGAUCUCGAGUUGGCCGUAAACAAUCUGAAUGAUCGGCUGGAGGAGAAAAAGCGAGAGUACUUAGCCGAAAUCCAGGUGAGAUGGAGCAACUGGGCUGAUGCUCAGCUGGAGCGAGUCGAUCGGGAGACCAAUGGCACUGGCAACGAGAAGGCCCAGGAGAUCCUCGAUGAGCUGCUCAGCCGAUAUGCCGGCUAUCUGCACAGCUGCCUGGAGGAGUUGCAGGUGCGACAGGCCACCUACGAGCAGAAUGUGCAGCAUACGAUUGAGAAAUACCACAAUGCCACCAACAAGCUGACCGCGCAGGUUGAGCAGUGUGUGAACAAUCCCUUGAACUUCCUCUCCUGCCGCAAUGGCAUCCAGAAGGCCCUGCAGGCACUUGACCCCGCUCCCAAGGAACUGCUCAACCUGAAUCUCGAGGGCAUCCGACUGCUGGCCAUUGGCCUCAAUGCCAGCGGCUGUGUGGGUCAGACUUUGGCCCAGCACCAGCUGGAGAAGCCCAGUGUGGAGCGAGAGCUGGACGAGAUCAUCAAGGAGUAUCUGGAUCAGCGCAAUUCCACCGACGACGAUUCGAGCUCCGAAGAGGAGGAAACGACCACCGAGAAUGGCGGCUCUGGUUCGCAGGAAUCUCAGGAUUCGAGUGACGACGACUCCUCCUCCUCGCAGUAA